CACCACUGUCAGUCAAAACCAGUUUUAAUUUCUUGCCGUACCUGCUGGAAAAACCCUGACUUCAAACUUGGGAGGAAUUAGCAACCAAGUGAAGCUAUCUAUUCUAUGGGAUGCGGAUAAGGUAACACUGUAUCUUAAACCUAAGAGCCUUUCUUCAUUUGUUACACAUAAAAUAGUUUCUUGUCCAAAGUUUUCUUCUUCUGGCUUUGGCACUUUAAGGUUUCGGAUAUAUAUCUUAUUUUCUUAUAUGCUUACAAUGUAUAACAAUUUGACGAAGAGCCAUACAUUUCCCUUGGCUAUUAGGAUUUAUUCACAACCUAGAUGCCUCAAAUUAUUCCACAUCUCAAAGCCCCUAUCUUUUCCAACUGGGUUUCGUUCAAAACCCCAAUUAAACCCCUGUGGGACCAAAACCCAUGGAAAUCUCCAUUUGAUGAACCGCAUGAAUUUUUCAACUUGUUCUCUUUCUAGGACACUGGAAAUGGGUGAUAUGGCAAAACCCAGAAGUGUGUCCGGUGGGUUUCGGCUUCGAAGUGGAAUACAGUAUUGCCCUUUGAUAAGAGCUAGAUGUUUUUCUAGUUCCUAUGCUAGGAAAAGUGGCGAAAAGAAUGAUAUGGUAAGAACUGGAAAAUGUCUUCCUUGGUUAGCAUCAAAUAGAGCUAAGGAAGUAAAAGGGUCUACAAAGACGAGUCGUUCUUCUUGGGAGGAAUCGGCAAAGAGGUUGGAGAAAGUGAGUAGUAAGUCUUCUUGGGAGGAAUCAGCAAAAAGGUUGGAGGAAGCAACAACAAUGAGAGGUGCCCAUUCUUCUUGGAAGUUAUCUGCAGAAAAUUUUGUGGGGAAAAGUGGUAAAUUGGCAGUGGGGAGUGAAGAUGAUAGGAAUGGAAUAGAUAUAGCGGAAGAUCGGAAAAGUGGUUUUGUUGGUAUGGAUGGAAGUUUUGAAGUAGAUAAUGAAGGAGGAGAAGAAAUUGAGGCCAUUGAUGAUCCAAGAUGGGAUAAGAUUAAGCAUAGAUUCAGGGGAAUGGCAGAUGAAAAGGCUGGAUCUGUGAAACCUGAGUUACGGAGGUGGAAUAAGCAGGAAAAUUGGGGUAGAAAGACAUGGAAAGAAGCUACGGAAUCGACAGUACCUAAGAUGGUUGGUGAAGGGAUUUAUGGGGUUGGUCCAGUUUUGGCUGCUUUGUCAGCUCGAAGAAGAGAAUUUUAUGCAUUGUACCUCCAAGAAGGGUUGGAUUUGAGUAAUAAUAACAGGAAGAAGAAGGACAAAAAAGGGUUUGAGAAAAUUUUGAGGAUGUCUGAAAAAAUUGGGUUAAGUGUAAGGGAAGCAUCAAAGCAUGAUCUCAAUAUGGUUGUUGAUAACCGUCCCCAUCAGGGUCUGGUUCUAGAUGCUUCUCCAUUGGAGAUGGUAAAAAUGAAGGAAUUGGAACCUGCUUCUGUCAAGGAAGACAAAGGUUCUCUCUGGAUAGCCUUGGAUGAGGUCACAGAUCCUCAAAAUUUGGGGGCAAUCAUUAGGUCUGCAUACUUUUUUGGAGCUUCAGGAGUGGUGUUAUGUGCCAAGAAUUCAGCACCAUUGAGUGGUGUUGUAAGCAAAGCAAGUGCAGGUGCUCUUGAAUUAAUGGAGCUUAGGUAUUGCAAGAAUAUGAUGCAGUUCUUAGUUUCCUCAGCUGAAAAUGGUUGGCGGGUUCUUGGAGGUUCGGUUGCACCAAAAACUGUUCCCUUGGAUGAGGUUUUGCCUGGUGCACCAACAAUUCUUGUUUUGGGCAGUGAGGGUACUGGGUUGAGGCCUUUAGUGGAGAGAUCAUGUACACAGUUGAUUAGGAUCCCUGGGAAUAUUCCUAUGGAUUUAUCUACAGGUGGAGUUAAUGAUGUGGAAACCGCAGAAACAAAUUCUGGGUGCUCAAGUGAAGAGUUCAGGUCCUUUCUGGCUGUGGAGAGCUUAAAUGUCAGUGUUGCAGCAGGUGUGCUUCUUCAUCACUUAAUUGGAAGCAAUUACAAGAAUCAGUGCUACAUAGGAGACAAGCCGACUGAUGCACUUGAAUGAGAUUUCAUGGCCCAUGCCAUUCAUUUUGUUGUCUCAGUCUAUUUAUCUAAGUAGAUUAUAAUUGUCUAUCAUUUUAGUUUUUCCUUAUAAUACAAGCAUUAUAACAAAUUUUACCAGCAUCUGUAGGAUUUUAUAAUCAAUUGGUAGUAGCUUCAAAGUUUUGAAUGCCUCUUCACCUCUUGAUUGGAAACAUGUACCAUUAAGAGUUGUAACUUUGGUCAUAAGCAAAGUAAUGGCCUUGGAGAAAGUCCUACGG